ACAGCAGCUGGCUGUCAGCAGCCGGGAGUUCCACAAGCUCUGAGGAAGGCGCCCAGGGGCAGGUCAGGAAAGAGGCAUCCGAGAAGGAAGGAAGAGGUGGUGGCUGGGCCGAAGACAGGCCCAGGAGGCUGCUGGGCUCCCCGGCAUGUGCGGCUGCCCCCCAACCCCAUACCCGAGUUCCUAGGUGGGUGGGGCCUCCCAGCCCUGUCUCUGCUCAGCACUCCCGGCAGGAGCCCGGCAGGAGCCCGGCAGGAGCCCGGCAGGAGCCGGCGCACCAUGGCAGCUGCCAGCUUUGUGCAGGAGAUGCGCUCCAUGGGUGAGAAGCUGCUGCUCAAGCUGCAGAGACUACCGCAGGCCGAGCCUGUGGAGAUCGUGGCCUUCUCGGUCAUCCUCCUUUUCACAGCUACCGUGCUGCUGCUGCUGCUGAGUGCCUGCUGCUGCUGCCACGCUGAGCGCAGACGCGGGAAGGUCCAUGCCCGGCCCGUAACCCCACCGUGAGGGGCAGACAUGA